UAGCCUUGUGUAUUGUCUCUUAUACCUAAGGAAUGAUUGACAGUAUAGGCUGAUAAUAUUUUGUGGUUGAGUGGAAAAAGCAGCUGGGCUGCUCAUAACCCCCUACUUACAACUUUAAGCAGGCGCUGAUUGCUCAGCUGCAGAGCAGCAGAUUUUUCUUAACAGCUGCAGACAGUAUGACAAUGUCCUUUUUGCAGAACCUCUGGGGUGGUGUAAUGUUACACCAUAUAGCUGCUUGUAGUCAAGAUUCCUGGAGAGCUCACCACUGUGAGCCUGUACUCCUUCAAAUGGGGCCUGGGGCUGUAAAACUUCUAAAACCUUGAGGGCUGCAGUGCUGCCUCCUGUCUUUCAGUUUUUUACCUUUCUUGGGUCUAGUUUAUUUAACUAUUUUUUGAAAAGAUCUUUCACCAGCCCCACUGCAAUACACACUAGUUAUUUAACUGUUAUAGGAACAGAACUUAGAGAAAAGUGGUUAGUGGUUUCUAUUACUGUUUCAAGUUUUAAUAACGUUGACUCAAAUGAUCUCUAACUUCCAAAUUUCUUACCAAUCAAAAGUAAAACACACCUGUAUAAUAUUUUUACUUAGCAAGUGCUUUAUUUUUUUUUCUGGGUAUAUUUGAGAGACUGGUUGUUUUCAUUCUCUAAUGGUUUUAGAAUCUUUAUAUACUAUAGGUCACAACUGUCCUGGGCAAUUGACUCAAAUUAAAAGAUGGAGAUUUUAAAUAGUGGAUAAAAACAUAUACUUGUAGCUAAAGUCAUUAUUGUUUUAAAGGUGCAUGUCACUAUUUUCUGCAGUUGCUGCAAACUGACCAUUAAUUUGCUACCUCCACACACUAUUGUGCUCCAUUUCUCUCUUUUCUAAAAUCUGUCAGUUAAACAGAUGGCAGUGGCCACUGUAGAAGUGAACAAUUCAUUUCAACAGAUGGUUGAGUAAGGUGCACUUUUUGUUCUACACAUGCUGAAGCUAACCAUGCUGUCUCCAUAUAGACACAACCUAGCUGUAUUUCCAGUCUGUACUAUAAAAUUUUUUCUUAGAUUUAGGGAAAAAUGACAUGUUAUCUACUUACAUUACUCAGAGUAUUGUUUCUGUGCAUUUUUUUAUUUCAGAAAGUACUGUUUUCAGGCAUUGUGGCCUCUUCAGGAGACAUUCUAAACAUACGCGAGGGAUGUGUUAUGUAUUAAGGGAAGUGGGAGGUUUUCAAGUCUUCCCAUAAUAAAAAGUCACUCUAGUUUAUUCUGUCAAGUUCUGAGACUUUUUUUUUAUGGUGUCAGGAACUACAUUAAAAGUAAGGUAAAUGUAACCUUGAAUCGGUUCACAUUAGAGUAUGUUUAGCUUGCAGGGAAGUUGCCAUCUUUUUAGGACUCUGGUUUGUAAUUGGGACUAUGCCCCCAUUUCAAUCUUGUGCACUAAACAUGCUUCAUAGUAAUUACAGACUAACAUUAAAUGUUCUCGAGUGUCAAGAACUACUUUAGGCCAACUUAAAAAUUUGCAUGUAUGCUUGUCAAACUUAGACACUAGCAUCAAGAUCUAGCAGUGCAGUCCUGAUGAAUGUCGUACUUUGAAUUUGCUGCUUUUUGUGGCCUCUCAUUUAAACUUGCCUGUUUAAAGAGAAUGUCAUCUGUUGUGUUUUUUAGUUGGCAUUAAGUAUUGUACGAGUCGCUGGCAGUGUACAUCAAACUUUGAUACAGUACUUGUUGAUAUGCCUGUAUAUCUCUAUUUCAAGGAGGCUGCCCUUUGCCCAAAGCGCAGGCACAAAUGGACAAGUUUUGACGAAGAAUUUGCAGCCGGUUUGAGCAGUGCUUUUGGGAACAAAGCAAAUAUUUAGGAGCACCACACCCAGACUCUGCAUACCACUCUAGAGAAGAUUCCUUGCUAGAGUAGUUUAGUGUUGACAUUAAUUUGCUUUUCAUACAUAUAUAAAAGAAUAUAUUUAAAGUGUGUGUAUAUGCAUGUAUGUUUGUUUUUAUGAAGUUCCUUGAAUAUCCUUAUUAGUUUAAGUUUUGAACCUAAAUAUUCUAUGUUGUGAAAUUAGCUCUUGUAUGUCAUUGCAUUUUAACACUGAAUUAAUUUUCUCAUUAACCAUUAUAUUAAAAAAAACAAAAAAAAAAAAAACAUGCUGUUAAGUAACAUCCUUUAAAUCUACUAGUAGGAAAGACCAAAGUUUCAAGGUAAGGUAGUUGUACUCACUAAUCAUGGUGUCAGAGAGGGGGGGUUAUGUUGCAUGUUGAUUAGUGCAUGCAAGUUCGAAUUUCACUAUACUCUGUGUACAUAUAAAUAAUUUUACUGGGCCAGCACACAUAGUUAUCUGUUAACACUGGUAUUAGUGUGGAAAUUGGGUGCAUAGAGCCAUAAAAACCCUGUACUGUAGCAGUGCUUAAAUUGGUUUGUGCUGAAGGAUAAGACUGACUUUUCUUUCGUAUUUUUUGAAUACUAAACUGACUCCUAGGUAGAAACUACUAAUGAUCCUUGAAGGGGCACACACUACCCAUCAAUCUGUUUGGAAGGUCUACUUCUUUCCCAUUACAUAAGAACAGGAAGCCAGAGGAUAUACCUGCAGGACACAUGCAAAACACGAACAAAUCCACCAUAUGAACUUCCCUAUACCGUAUUUAAACAGUCCAUCUCAAUGGACAUCAGUGGCAGAAGGCGCAGACACCAUAUUUGUGGUGACUCUGCUGAGAGUUUAGCCCAUAUACUUGGUUACCAGGACACAUUGUAUCCCAAUCAGAUUGCGUGGAAAUUAAUUUUCUUUUCCACGCAGUAAAUUUGGCUGUAAUCUGACCGCGCAAGUUUCACCAGUGGCUUAAAUAUCCUGUUCUGCUUUGAUGUUCUUUUUCUUAAAGCAACGUCGACAUAAAAGUGCGUAAUUUUUUGGUACGAGUAUUUAAAAAAAAAAAAAAAAAGCUCAAAGAACCCUGUGAAAAUUACCCUGCAGGCUCAUAAACCUCAGUGCCUAACAGACGCUGCCUCUGCAUGUGGAAUUGUUCGUAGCGGAGACUGCGAGCUAUGCAGGACGUGUAUGUAUAUUGAACAGAAUAUGUGUGGCUGAGCGGACGCAAAAAUCUUUCGUCGACAGAUUAAAACUUGUAUGGGAAGAGACGAGCGUCAAACCUAAAAUUGUCUCCUGGCUGGAAAGAAAGCGUUUUGGGUAAAUGGGUGUGGCGGGCAGGGUGGGGGUGUGUGUGUGUGCGUGCGUGCGUGCGCGCUACUGGAGAAGGGCGAAGACUUCUUCCACGUGCUAUUACAACGCAGUGGUGGGUGGUAACGGAACGUCGGGUUCGCCUUGAUUUAAUGAUUCGGGGGCGUGGCUAUAUCUGCUGCGAAGAGGGAGAGGCGUGGUGCGGUCGUUUGCUGUAAUCGAUUACCAGGAGUUUGCGGAGUUGGGGCGGGCCAUCAUGGAGCCAUCUGGCUUCAAUCAGGCAGCAACUCCCGAGGGGGAGCGCGCCAUGGGCGCGCACGCGCGUGCGUUUGAGAGAAAGAGAGGGCGCGAGCGAGCGAGCGAACGAACCAACCAAUGCACACACGCAACGCGAAGGCAGAGUUCCCAAAAAACAAGCAUAGAUAGGGUGGAAAAGGGGGGCUGGCCAGAGAAAGGAAGGAAUUGGACGAGGAGGAAUCCCAGCAGAUCCGAGAGAGAGGGAGAGGAAAAAAACUGUAGGUUGCUUGCUGUACGAUUGGCACUUGCGUACUUUUACCGCAUUGCUUACACAACGCGACUGCCUGAUCUAAGAGAGGAAAGAUCUAAAAAAGGGACCGGUUAUCAUCGGCGUGUGGUCGUUUAUGGAAAGAAAGAUGGUAACUCAGGGUAGCCAAGAGCCAGUGGUUGGAGCAGAUGGAUUGGUGCCCCCACCAUUUGCUGCUUUUCCUCCUCCACCACCACCUCAGAACGGCUUGGGAUCAGAAUUUAGUGUACCAGAGUUCCCUGGACAGCAGGGUCCACUGGCAGAUUUACCUCUCAGUAUGUACUCAUCCGGCGCUGGACAGGGAGAUCCUGGAGUGAACACCAGCACAGCACAGAGCACAAAUAAUGGAAACAGCCCUAAUAUUAAUACAGCUCCUCAAACAGAUGGCUCAGUACAAACAGAGGGGCAAGGAGGACAAACGCACAGCACAGAAAACUCAGACUCCAAGGCCACACCAAAACGUCUUCAUGUCUCUAAUAUUCCUUUCCGUUUUCGAGAUCCUGAUUUACGUCAGAUGUUUGGGCAAUUCGGAAAAAUCUUAGAUGUUGAAAUUAUUUUCAAUGAAAGAGGCUCAAAGGGUUUCGGGUUUGUGACAUUCGAGACUAGCGCUGAUGCUGAGAAGGCCAGGGAGCGCUUACACGGAUCUUUGGUAGAGGGACGUAAAAUUGAGGUUAACAAUGCCACUGCAAGAGUUAUGACCAAUAAAAAGAUGGUCAGUCCCUAUGCAAAUGGCUGGAAGUUGAGCCCGGUAGUAGGUGCAGUGUAUGGACCAGAACUAUAUGCAGUUCCAGGAUUCCCAUAUCCAACUGCUGCUACCACUGCUGCAGCUGCUGCUUUUAGAGGGGCGCAUCUACGUGGCCGUGGAAGAACAGUGUAUAGUACUGUGAGGGCCGCUGUGCCUCCUGCUGCCAUUCCUGCUUACCCUGGAAUAGUGUUUCAGGAACCACUCAUUAGCCCCAAAGUCCCUCAGGGUGGCUAUGCUGCUUACCGAUAUGCUCAGCCAGCUGCUGCUGUAACUGGAGCAACUGCUGCAGCAGCUGCUGCUGCCUACAGUGACAGUUAUGGACGGGUUUACACAACUGACCCCUACCAUGCCCUUGCACCUGCAGCUGCUGCUGCCUAUGGAGUUGGAGCCAUGGCAAGUCUAUAUCGAGGAGGAUAUAGCCGAUUUGCUCCUUAUUAAACAGAAGUGGACCUGUGCAAUUAAGGAGGCCCCUGUCUUGUUCACUGGGGAAUGCAAUAUUAGCCCAAGUAGAUCAACAAGAACUCUAUAGCAACAGCCGCAACACAAUGAGAUUACCAAACCAACAAGGAAUAAAAAGAAGAAAAUGGGAAAAAGAUACUUUUUUAUACCUCAUUAUGUUCUCCUUAAAAGAAAACACAUGUAUUUUUUCCUUUAAUUCUUUCUGCCUUUUAUUAUUAUUAUUAUUAUUGUUAUGAUUAUACAGUAUAUAUUUUUUUUUUGUUCCAAAGAUUGUGCAGAAAACAGUUUUUACUGUGGUAUUUCAGUGCUUUUCUGUAUCUUCAAUGUGCGUAGUUUUAAGUAAGAAUGGAGAACACAUGGCUUGGUGGUAGGUUUUAGUAGUGCCCUAGAUAAGACUGUUAAAUGCCCUUUAGGGAGGUUUGGGGUCCUCAUUCAAGCCAUUUGUCAUUGUAAGGUGUGGGAUGAGAAAAUGUGCAUUAAUAUGCUAAUUUACUGGGUUGAAGUGUCUCAAAUGAGCGUAUAUAGAGCAUAUAUUGGAUUAUGAAGCGUGCAAGUAUUUGGCAGGAUAGCUUUCAUUAUAACACUAAAACAUUGUAUACAAAUAGCCAGCGGGUGCAGAACGCUAAGUAGUGCAGGCAAGAACUUCUGUUGUGAAUGCUUUGUGUGUUUGUGUGCUGCCUUUUUUUUUUUUUUUUAAGUAAAUCCCUGAAAAAGUCUAAAUAAUGCAACAUUCUAAAUAUUUGGGGUGUGCUUGCCCCUUCCCUACCAAGAUAUCUCUAUCAUUUUCCCAAUGACUUUAGAAGAGUAUUGCUCUGACUUGCUAUAUAUAGAGCAUUUAUGGUUUCAGUAGAAUGUGAACUUUGUUAGUAAAUUGGGUUGUUAAGCACACUAAUCUACAAAUUGCUCAGUGAUAGAAAAAAAAUAAGGAAAAAAAUAAUGUUCAGACUGACAAACCCUGUUUGGCAUUGAUGACCAGGACUAUUUAUUGGUUUGAGGUAGUUUUUUUUUUUUCCUAGAGUGGUACAGUAUCCUGAAAAAUGAGGAUGGUUAUUUGGACCACUUUAUGUAGGUUCUAACCACAUCAGCUACAUAUUGGCCAAACAGAAUAAUUCUAGUUAAUAAGUGUGGUGACUUGUAUGUCAUUAAUUUAUUGUUGGUCACAUGAAAUUGACCAGGUAGAAUAACCCGUAAUGAAUU